CAAUUUGAGAAGGAAGAAGAUUUUUCUGGUGCAGUCAGAGGCUGAAUAAUGGCUGACGUCAGCUGGGGCUACCACCGCUCUCUCCGUGCAAUCCGCGGUGCAUUGCCUGAUGAGACAGCGUUCCAGCUGCAAGUGGCCAAACCCGCAGAUGGCCUACCCGUGCAGCAGGUCAUAUGCUUCUAUCCGGUGACCCCAGCCGCUGGCGAAAAUUCCAUUGGAUAUUGGAACCAGGAGGAAGAUUACUUCCUGUCGGGCAUCUGGUCGUGGGCCAUGCUUAUUCUGAUCCCGGGAAUUGUCGCCUUUGCAGCUAUGUUCACCUUCCUGGUUAUCAUUGAUAAUACACUUGCGGAAACCACAGUAUUGGUGACGAAACAGCCAGCCGUGUUAUCUUCCAUGGAGGUACCAGAAAUGCCGAGCAGACACAUGAUGCCGUCGACAACACUGGCAGUGAACGAUACGGCCGCUUCUAUGAGAAGGAGUUGAACGCCUUCUUACGUUUUUCUUCAUCGCAAAGACGUCCUCAUACCCCUUCUCCUUGCGUUGAGACGCUACAAAUUGAAGAACUCGUGUUUAGGUUUUUUUGUUGAAUUAUUUGUGGAAGUUGGCAUUGAAGUAGCAGUUUUGUUUAUUGCGCUUUUAUUAAGGAGAAUUUUGUCAACUGCGAAUUAUUGUGACCGCACAAUUUUAUGCGUGCUGUAUUAUGGAAAACGUGAUUGGCAGUUGCUUUUCUGAUCUUAUCGAAGCCUGUUCUUCUGGUUGUAGACCAAUGAAAGUCAAGACCAAGGAUGA